UCACUCAUCUACUCAACUAUUCAACCUCAACAGAUUCUGCAGCAAUCAUGAAGGCCACUCUCUUCGUCUCUCUCCUCCUCUCUCUCGGCGUCACUGCCACUCCUGCGACCGACACCGUCACCAUUGAGGACGGUGGCUACACCUACACUGGUAUCGACAAGCCCCUCCUCGCCCUCCGUGGUCUUGAGGCUCGUUGCAGCUGCUUCCCCUGCUACUCUCCCCACGCAGACUGCCAGCCCGGAAAGUGCCAGUGUGCUGGUGACUAUGGUUGCUGGUCUUGCGGCGGUGGUCGCAUGCAGUGCCAGCCCGGCCCUGGAUCUGGACAGUGCUGGACUUAG